GCUGGAGGACCAGCUACCCUACUACAGCCUCUGUGCUCUGAAGAGGCCCUAGUAAGGACCAUGUUCCUGUCUUCACUCCUUGUCUUCCUUCUGUGUGUGGUGACAGCAUCGCGCUCAGAAGUCAAAAUCCAUGAGGAUGCUCAGAAGACCUGUUCAGUGAUUAACUGUGGCCUUCCAGGCAGAGAUGGGCGAGAUGGGCCCAAGGGAGAAAAGGGAGAGCCAGGACAAGGACUCAGAGGCUUACAGGGCCCUCCAGGAAAAAUGGGGCCUCCAGGAGUUAUGGGGUCUCCAGGACCAAAGGGUAUCAAAGGAGAUCCUGGAAGCAGUUCAGAUGCCGAGGCUAAGUUAGCUAACUUAGAGCGAGAGAUAAGGAGCCUGAAAUCAGAACUGGAAUACACAAGAAAAUUGCAAGCCUUCUCCCUGGGCAAACAAUCUGGAAAGAAAUUCUACGUGACCAAUGGUGAAAAGAUGCCUUUUUCCAAAGUGAAGUCUGUGUGUGCAAAUCUCCAAGCCUUUGUGGCCACACCCAGGAAUGCCGAGGAGAACCGAGCCAUCCAGGCCGUGGCUACAGACACUGCCUUCCUGGGCAUCACAGAUGGGGAGACAGAAGGGCAGUUCAUGUAUCUGACAGGAGAGAGGAUAACCUACAGCAACUGGAAGAAGGAGGAACCGAAUGACUUUGGCUCAGGGGAGGACUGUGUGAUCAUGCAUAAAAAGGAUGGGAUGUGGAAUGACAUCUCCUGCUCCUCCUCUUUCCAGGUUGUCUGUGAAUUCCCAGUCUGAAGAGGCAGCUCCCUCAGCUGCCUUCCCGGCUCCCUGCUGCCCUGAAAGAGAAUUCAAUGCCGGCUUUCCCACAUCCAGUGUUGACUCAUUCCUUCACGGGGAGGACAAUGAGGGGAAUAUAUUUGAGUAUGGGAUGAGGAAAUGAGAAGAAACCAACAGGGGUCUUGGGUCCAGUCCAUGAUAAAGGGCACUUUCUGUCCUGUCCAAGACAUGGGUCAGAAUCACCCAUGGAAAGUGCCCAGCAGGGGGUCCAGUGGCGGGUCACAUCUGUGUCUGGGUAGGCAGUCACGAUCAGCCAUUUCCUUUUUCCUCUUGCUACCACUUGAUACCAACCUCUCCUGCUUGACUUCCUCCCCAUGGCUGGUUCAGCAUGUCUACGACAUGGGUGUUUUUUUCAGCUGUUCAUGAGCCACACCAGAAAACCUGUUGCUACCAGACUAACACCCAGCAGUGUCCUUCCUUCUGUGACAUCCUCAUCCCAUCACAGUACCACAGGUCCAUUAUUAUUAGAGAUAAGAGGAACCCUUCCCCCAUGUGAGUUUCACACGCUGGCUACAUCAUCAUUCAUCCUGCAAAUAAAAGAGGGUGCUGAUGCCGUGCUCAGAGCCAUGGGUGUCUGUCAGCAAUCUCAAGGUGGGUGAAGCUGAAAUUAAAUGCAGCCCAUGGAGUCAUAAGGAAGAGUGAAUUCUAACUUCAGUGUGUGCCAUAUGGAAAAUGAGAUUGGCAACUAUUUCAUGAAUUGGCCAAGGGCUACUUUAGC